AUGUCAACCAUCACAGCAACAGCACUGCAAUCCGGGCAGCCGCCCAUAAUACCACUUUCCUUCAAUGCCAACCAGCCCGAGACCAUCCGCCUCUACCCACUAUCGAAUUACACGUUCGGCGUCAAGGAGACGCAGCCCGAGGAGGACCCUUCGGUGCUGGCACGCCUGAAGCGCCUGGAGGAGCACUACAACGCGCACGGAAUGCGCCGCACCUGCGAGGGCAUCCUUGUCUGCCACGAGCACAACCACCCACAUAUUCUCAUGCUGCAGAUCGCAAACGCCUUCUUCAAACUACCCGGCGAUUAUCUGCGACCGGAGGACGAUGAGGUCGAGGGCUUCAAGGCGCGCUUGGAUGAGCGGCUGGCACCCGUCGGAAGGCUGGGCGAGGGCGAGGAGGCUGGAGAUUGGCAGAUUGGAGAUUGCCUUGCGCAGUGGUGGCGGCCAAACUUUGAGACCUUUAUGUACCCAUUCGUCCCGGCCCACGUCACGCGGCCCAAGGAGUGCAAGAAGCUCUAUUUCAUCCAGCUGCCAAAUUCCAAGGUCCUGAGUGUCCCCAAAAACAUGAAGCUGCUCGCGGUUCCUCUAUUCGAGCUUUACGACAACUCUGCUCGCUACGGCCCUCAGCUGUCUGCCAUCCCUCACCUACUCAGCAGGUACAACUUCGAGUUUGUCGACGAGCAAGGAAAUGUGGUGGCGCAGACACCAGGUAGCGGCCCUGGCGAAGGUGACCACGUUCCAAAAACCAAAGUCCUCGCUGGCGGUGAUGAUGUGGAUAUGAAGCAGGAGAACGGCGCACACUGA